GAGGGGAAACCCUAAACCCUGAGUGUCAGUUUCGAAUUUCCCGGUUGCGACGUCGUCAAUCGCGUGGCAUGAAGCAGCGUGUGCAUGAAUCUCAAUUAACUUGUCUUAGAUCCCUAUCGUCGCGAAUUGCGCAAGAAUGUUUUGAAAUCUGCUUUGAUGGACAUUUCUAAGGUUUUUGAGAUGGAGAUAAAUCCAGACGGCAGGGCGUUGCGCGCUGCGUUUCGUGCCAUGGAGCCGACAUCAGUGAUUAUUUCUCUGGCUAGCUAUGCAGGAAACUAGGGAGGAGUGUUCUGUCGAAUGAUGCUCAGUCAUUUUUUCUGGACAUGUGCAUCAAUGACGAGAUUUUCAAGCUGUACCCACCAAGUUGGUUGUACGUAAGGCGUACUUUGAAGGAGAUUAUUUUGGCAGCUGAAAAGGACGGUGAGGAAGUUUCUGAUGGCUUGUAUGAGCUGCACGCUAUCUAUUUGCUGCCACCUCAGGAUGGCUCCUCUGAGCUAGCUUCAAAGUGCUAUAAAACCUUCACUUAUACAGUUCCCCCCAAAUCUAGAUCAUACCUGGCUUGCCAGACAGACUCUAAGAAGUUCUUGGAAGAGGAUGAGCAGCUAGUGACACUUCGAGUCUCUUCGAACAUGCUGGAAGGUGGCACUGGGUGUAGUACGUGGCCUGCUGGUCUUCUGCUCUCUGAGUUCGUCUUAAGCCAUCCAGAGCUCUUUUUUGGAAAGAACUGCUUGGAAGUAGGGGCCGGAACAGGCAUGGUUGGUGUAUUGCUUGCACGAAUUGGUACAGGAAAGAUCAUGUUGACUGAUGGUUCUUUGGCUACCCUGGCCAACUUGAAGAAUAAUUUGUCUAUCAAUAAUGUGGAAGUGGAAGAAGCGCAACAAGCCAAUAGUGAUUUGAACACACACUCUUCAACUAGGGUGGAGUGCAGGCAGUUGACAUGGGAGACACUCUUUGAUAAAGAACGUAAUUUGGAUUGUAAUGUUAUCUUGGGGGCUGAUUUGAUUUAUGAUCCACUUAACAUACCACCUCUUGUGAAUUUGCUGGCGUCUCUCCUUCCGGUUGGGCGCCCAAUACGGACUAAUGGUUUGGAACAGAAUGUGUACGAGUAUCCUGUAGCAUUUAUAGCAUCUGCUAUCCGGAAUCCUGAUACUCUUGUGUAUUUUGUGGAGACGGUAAGGAAAGCAGGUUUAAAAAUGGCUGAAGUUGGAGAGACCAUGCGACCAGCUAUUUGUUUAACUGGUAUCAGUGAUCUUGAUAGAUCAACAAUUUUAAUACAUAAAAUACAAGCUUGGAAAGAUUAGCUUUGAAACAGAGCAUGUUUCUUGUUAUUUUUCAACGCAUAACUGUUUUAUCAUGUAGUGCAAGAUGGCAGCUUGUUCAUAUGAACGUCUUUUAUUUUAACAUAGCAUAUUUGCGUGUAAGUAAUUUAACAUACAUUUGAACAAAGCUUGAAGUUGGUUGAAUCCUA